GCCACCGAGCGGUUAGGUCAGAGCAGUGCAUUCGAAGCUAACUCAGAGAAGGAAAUGGCCGCUAAGCUUUCCCGCAAUGUUGGAUUACAUGCGGCGAUUGUUUUGUUUAUGUGCUGGACCCACGCGCGUACCUGUUUAGGAAUAAAAAAGGAUCCACGAAGUCAAUUUUACGGCCAUGCAGUAAUUCGACCUGCUAUUUAUACGGAAGCCAGAGAAAAGAGAGAUUUACAUUCAGUUAAGGUUCGCAAUGAAGAAAAAUUGACUUUAGGAUUUGUAGCCUUUGAAAAAAACUUUGUACUUGAUCUACAAAUGAAUAAAAAUUUAUUUCCUAGUCAUUAUUUUGAAAAACACCAUGAAAAUGGAAGUUCUGUAACGCAUUUGCCAAUGAAAAAUGAUCCAAGUCAUUGUCAUUAUCAAGGACAUGUUCGAGGAAUGAACCAUUCGUGGGCAGCUAUAAGCACAUGUAAUGGAAUAAGUGGUGUUAUUUAUGAUGGGGAAGAUUUGCAUUAUAUCCAGCCAGACAGUGAAUCAGAUGAUGGCCAUUUUCUCUUUAAAGCUUCUGAUUUGAAACCACAAAAUCUGACUUGUGGAUUCCAUGAUACAGGAGGCUUUGAAAUUCAAUCUCAAGUUUUAGAAGAACUUAAAAGGAAUAGGCGUUCUGCAGUUCUCCAGGAUCCUUAUAAAAGUAACAGGAAAUCUAGAUAUGUGGAAUUAAUCAUUGUAAAUGAUAAUAAAGAAUUUAAAGAAUUUAAUCAAGAUAAGAAUGCAGUUUUUCAGAGAAGUAAAGAAAUAGCGAAUAUCGUAAAUGGAUUGUAUUCUCCCUUGAAUAUCUUCAUUGCGCUUGUGGGUGUUAUUGUAUGGUCUGAUCAUGAUGAAAUUAAGUUAUCGCCGGAUGGGGAUGCUACUCUGACGAAUUUCUUGCACUACAGAAGAGAAAGAUUAGCACAAGAUCAUCCAAAUGAUAAUGCCCAAUUAAUAACAGCUAUGACAUUUGAUGGUGGCGUUGUUGGGAAAGCUCUUAAAGGUCCAAUAUGCACAUAUGAAUAUUCUGGAGGUGUUAAUAUGGAUCACAGCCAUGUUGUAGGAUUAGUUGCCAACACCGUUGCUCAUGAAUUAGGUCACAACUUCGGAAUGGAGCAUGAUACUGACGAAUGCCAGUGCCCUGAUGAUAAAUGCAUCAUGGCUCCAUCAUCAAGUUCAACAAGUCCUCGGCAUUGGUCUUCUUGCUCGUUAGAGUACUUAGAUUUAGCUUACUCUCAAGGUAUGGACUAUUGCUUAAAGAAUCGUCCAACUGCUAUUAUUGGCCCAGUUUGUGGAAAUGGCUUUCUUGAGGAAGGCGAAGAAUGUGAUUGUGGUUUAAAAGAAUUCUGUGAUAAUAAAUGUUGUAAUGCAACUUCAUGUCAAUUAUAUGAAAAUGCAACCUGUGCAACUGGUGCAUGCUGCGAUAUUGAUACUUGUCAGGUAAAAAAAGUUGCUACUGUUUGUAGAGAAUCUGAAUCUGAAUGUGAUCUACCAGAAUACUGUGAUGGUAGCUCUGAAUUUUGCCCAUCUGACACUUUCCUUCAAAAUGGCGAAGAAUGUGGUAAUGGGAAGGCAUACUGCUUUGAUGCUCAGUGUCAGUCACAUGCUGAUCAAUGUAAGCUUCUUUGGGGCCAAACUGGAAAGAUGUCGGACUUAAGAUGCUUUGAACAAAAUUAUAAAGGAAAUGUGAAUGGAAAUUGUGGAUACAAUAGAAUCAACCAAACAUACAAAGCUUGUCGAAAAGAGGAUAUUUUAUGUGGUAUGCUUCACUGCACACAUUUAAAUGAAAAAUUGGAAUUUGGAAUGGAAUCGGCAGCUAUUCUUGCUCGUUCCUUUAUUAACGUUAAAGGAAAAGUAUAUACUUGUAGAUCUGCUAUUGUUGAUCUUGGGUUAUUUAACACUGAUCCAGGCUUGGCUCCAAAUGGUGCUAAAUGUGGAGAUGGAAAGGCAUGUUUAAAUCAAAAGUGUUUGCCUUUGAGUGCCAUUAAGAAAACGGAAUGUCCUUAUGAUUGUAGUGGCAAUGGGGUAUGCAAUAACAGAGGUAGUUGCCACUGCGAUCUUGGUUAUGCUCCUCCAUAUUGCGAUUCUCCUGGACCUGGAGGUAGCAUACAUAGUGGACCUGCAUCAGAUCCUAGCAGCUAUUUUGUAAUGGUGAUCAUGUACAUCAUUUUCCUUGGUUUAUUACCACUGAUAGUUCUGGCAGCUGCUGCAAUAUAUUAUUAUCGCAGUCAUCUGAAAACUUGGUGGUCCAAAAAGGCUCAUAAAGCUAAUAUAAAGUCAAGAACAAAAACUACAACUCAAAGGAAAGCACAACCACCUUCAAAAUUUAACUUUGAUAGGAACAGUCUGCGUACUCUUGAAAUAUCUGGGCCAAUACAAAUUCCUCCGCCUGCAUCAGCUAAUGCUGCUUCAACACUGCCUAAUCGAACAAAUAAAAAUACUCAUGAUACAUCUAAUUUAUGUCAAGUUCAAAUAUCUCCUCCCAUUCCUCAGAGCUCUUCUAACAACAUGCAAGCUAAUAAAUUUAUUCCUUUAAGACCUGCUCCACCAAGACCAAAUAACGCUCCUAAGAGAAUACCAUCGUGGACUCCAGCUACAGCUGUUGUUCCUCCGACUAUUUCGCGAACAUCGAGCCUUAGAAGUCCAUCUGAAAGUUCUGGUGGAAACAGGCCUCUAAGUGCAUCUACCUUUAGACCUAAUUGUCCUCCACCGCGCCCACCACCUCCCAAAACAAACUCACCAUCAUUGUUACAACAAGAUUCUUCAGCUAACUAUGAAGAUUUGUCUAAAUCGAAUGAAAACGAGCGUUCUGUUACUCCUAAUUCAUCUUAUUACGACGAUUGUCAAACUUUAGAUUUUUCUGAUACACCUUUGGCAUUUGUAAAUAAACCAGUUGAAAACAAUUCGAAGGAGAAUAAUAACUGUGAUGUAGUGUAUCGUAAGUCGAACAAUAACCUGACUACAGAAAAGUCAAGUUUUCUUCAUAAACCUGGUACUAGAACAAAUAAUUCCAUAACAGCGAAUACACAAAAAGAUAACGUCUGCAAAGUGUUACCUCAAGGUGUAAGGACAAAUGAAAAUUCAAACUCUGUUGUUGCUUCAUUAGCACAAAAGUUUGAAAAGCAGGGCAACUUAAAACCCAACCCUUCUUUAAAUUCCUCUCUGAGGCCUCCAUUUAAAUCCCGACCUUUGCCUCCUAGGCCUGAUAAUCCUUAAGUUCAAAAUACUGGUGUAUUUUGAGUUUAUUUAUUAUGUAUUAUGGUUCAUUUCAUUUACUAUCAUUGAUUCUCAUUUUAUUUUAUUCUUUUUUCAUUCAUAUGAAAUGUAUUUUACUGUGUUUUCAUCAGUGAACUGUGGACAGUUCACACUGACCAAGUGCAGUUUUUGGGUUUGUCAUUAAAUGAGCUUGAUUAAUUUCUCCAAAACAUUGUAUGUACCAUUGUAUUCAAGCAAUUAUUUUGUUCCUAUUGUUCAUUGUGACAUUUGUAGUGUUCUUAUGCAGGUUAGUAAUUUUUUUGUGUGUGGAUUUGAAGAUUUAAACCUGGAAAAAUCUUAGCAACUAUUUACUGUGGAAGAAUAUGCAUAUUUAUAUGUAAUACUCGUGGAAGUUAGAAUUCCAGAUUCCUCAUUUUUAAGCAUACAGUAUUUCCCCACACAUUUUAAACUGUGAAAUUAUCAUUUUGCAAUUAUUAAGAAUAUAACAUGGAAAAAAAAUUGAUCUUUUUGCUGAAUUCCAGCAUAGUAAAUGAUAAAGUGUCUGAUAUAAUUUGUUGCAUUGAAAACAAAAUACACUAAAAUGUUAUAUAAAUUAAUCUAUUGUCAUUGUUUGUUUAGUUUUUGAAAAAAGUUUUCUAAACAUAUACAAAUCUGCAUUGAUCAUAUUUAUCAGUAAAAGGGAAUUAAUAAUAGUCCAAAAUAAUGAAAUAUUAUUCAUACUAAUUUUUCUGUUCACAUUCUCUCUCUCUUUUUUUUAAAUAUUAGAAAUUAAAGAAUUUCACCCAGAAAGGGAAUAUCCACUGAUUUCUAUAAAUAGCUUACAUAAAAUUUGGCAGUUAAGAAAUUACCAUCCUUUAAAUGGUGGAAAUUGAUUAUGUGAAAUAUUCGCAAUUUUUUCAGCUGAUAAACGUAUAUUUAAUAUUAAAGGGAAGUGCACAAUAUUAAACAAAUCUUGGGUACUUUUUUUUUUUUUUGCUUGAAAAAAUAGAUCUGUAAACUAAAUUUUUGUUUUAAAAAGUUAGAAUGAUUUGUAAAUAAUUUUUUAUUAUUUUAUAAAGAUGAGUUUUUUUGUUUACUCUUAAUUAUUGUAUAUUUGGAAAUUUCCUUAAUAUUUGCAAUCAGAUAUAUAUCCUUUUUUUCAAGCAAAAAAGCUAAGUAGGAAACAAAUUUUUUCACAUGUGUAGAUAAGAAAUAUAAAAAGAUACUAAAUGAAAAAAAAAAAAAAAUUAAGAUUACACAAAGUUAAUUUUAAAAACAUUAAUCUUAUUUCUUUUUUUUUUUUUUCAAUAUUAACUGACAAGAAUACAGUUUCUGCUUAAAUCUAAAAUAAAAUUGAUGAGAGAGAGAUAUAUAAACAUUUUGAUAGAAAUAGCGAGAACGGACAUCAGAUUUUAGGCAUGUUUUAAUUUUUAACACAUUACUGCAGACUUUUUUAGAAAUCACAUAAAGCAAAAUAUUAAUGUUACCACUUGAAAUCAGAGUAUAAAGUUAUUGAUUUGUUAAAUUGACAAAACAACAUUUUCCAGUCAAGCAUUACCUUACAGAAUGAAACAAAUACAUUUAAUUUUGCAGGCAUUAUAUUGAUUAUCUACAGACUUAUAAAAGAGAGUGGGAGAGAGUGAAAAGAGGACUAAAUCAUGGGGGAUUUUGUAACAAAUUAAUAAAUGUGAGCAUUGCCCAUGUACAGUACCAUAAAUCAAUCUCAUGCAUAUGUAACCUAUAUUUUCCUUUAUUCUCCUUGUUUUUUUUUUUGUUUUUUUCAAUUGUUUGGAAUAACAAGGAAAAUAGUAUUCACCAUUUCAUUUAAAGUAUUAUUUGAAGAGAAAUCUUAAAUUGUAUUCGAAUUUCGAGUCGAAAGUUAUUAGUGUUAUUCAUUUCUGGGAGAAAAAAAAAAUUAAAAAAAUCGGAAAUUAUUUGUUGAAUAGAAAAUGCAAUUUUCUUGUUUUUGUUUUCAAUGCAUUAUUUAUCUUUUUAAUGUUGCUCGUUCUUUAUGGAAAAUAAAAAUUUAAAUAUUAAGUUGUUAGAUGCUUAUUUCAAUUUCACAUGGAUAUAAAAAAAUUUUUAGAGUUAAUUUUUGCUCAUCAAUGAAGUGAAAAAAAUUCUUUUAUGUAUGUUAAUUUUAAUUUUUCAAAAUUAUAGUGAAUGAUAGUGACAAUUUUUUUGUUCCUUUCAUUAUUCAACAUUUUCCUCAAAACGGAUUAUUUAUUAAAGUGAAGUAUGCUGUUGAAUUAUAAAUGGCAGCAAAACUGCUCUAGUCAAAUUUAGGUGUGCAUGCUUUUGUAUGUUCAUGGCUAAAAUAUUUUCCAAUUUCUAGAUAUUUAUUUAGGCGAUUAUGUUAAUACUACUUAUUGUUUCCUCGUUUUUAGUGCAAUUAUAUAUGCUUUUAUGUCUGUAACAAUGACUGUACAGAUUUUUGCUUUGUGGUAAUUAUAUGUUGAGUGCAUUGGAAAAGUGUUGGAAUUUUUUUAUAUUAUUUAACUUUUGAAAGCCAUUUAUCAUUGUUUUUGUAUAGAUUAAAGUCAUGUGACAAAGUUCAUCGACUUGAAUCAGUCAUGAAAUUUCACUUGAAGUAUGGGUUUACUUCAUAUAAUAUAAUGUUAUUUAUGUCUGUGAUGUUUGAAAUAUAUUUGGAGGCUUGU